AUGGAAUGCUUUGGUCUCCCCAGUCAUUCCAUGUCGUACCCUUUUGAUUCAACGAGCUUCUCUUCUGCCUCCUCCUCUUACGGCCCUUUCAUUCCUACAUCUCGAGUUUCAACGCCCCAUGAGUUUUCGGCUUUAGAACCUGACGCAUCCUACACUUUCUCUUACCGCGUUGAUGUGUCUUCUCAAGAGGGAGCGGGCAACGUCAUGCUUGACGCUAUCAGCACGAAGCCGGAGCAGAUGCCUUUCCCCAACGGCCCUCCAAACAAACCCACGAAGCAAGAGCUUAUAGACUUCGACUAUAGAGAGAUUAGCAUGGCACACAAACCCUCUAUGGAUCCUCUAGCGACAUCUCGCCCUGAAACAUUCGCCAUCUCUCACGGGGCUGUUAUUGACGCUACCUCCUUCGUCAUGACACCCACCCAGGUGUCUUCAGGUUUCAAGGACACUAGCGUUCAUUCACCCUGGUCCCGUACCAGUAGCAGCCCCUUCCUACAGAGUAAUGACGAUAUUUUCGAUAUCGACCGCCAGCCAGAGUACCCCUAUUAUAUCUACGAUUCCCAUUGUAUCCGCGACGCAGAUUCACUAGAGCAAGCUCGACCUCGGCAGAUAGUGACGGAAGAGAUUCACAAGACGGCUGAGAUUCCGUCUAUUCAGGCCCGAAGCCCUGGGAAGCGAGCCAUCGAGCCCGUCCCUAUCUCCGCGAAACCGGUAUGGAGCAGUUGUGACUACCCAGGCUGCGAUAGGGCAUUCCGGCGCAAAGAGCACCUCAAGAGACAUAAGCAAUCAUUUCACGGCGAGGGCCCCAACCGUUUCUUAUGCGAGUUCUGUGGUAAAGGCGAUUUCAACCGUAGGGAUAACCUUAAUAUCCACCGGAAGCUUCAUGCCAGACGCAACAGCCACAAUCGGCGUGUUAAGUUCGUCGCUGAUGCAGUAACAGCAAUCGAACAAGAGAAACGGAGCCGGAGGUUUCGAGCACGGACGAGACAGAGAGAUCAGUGGUGCAUUUCGGGUCAGGGUUAG